CCACUCGACCGCCGCUCUGCCCACGCACACCAGCCGUACCUUCCACGAAAACCAUCGCCGUCACACAUCAGGCAGGCCGGGCCGCGAGUGAAAGUGUCCGCCGGACGCGAAGGCCGCGACUUGUACACGUACACGCGCGCCAGCGAUAUUAACGCAAGUACACAGUGGAAACGGAGGCGAAUAGCACCGGUGGUGGUCAGUCGACGGCGAAGAUUAUAGGCCGUAACGCGCGGCAACAGGUGGGCGAAACAGCCCCACGACCCGACUAGCCGGUGGUUUUCCGCGGGGUGCGCGAUUAUCCAGAUUUUGUUUGGAAUCGGCGGAAGAAGAGGGGUGUUAUUGGAGGAAGAAGGUGCAUGUGCGCGCGUUCUGACACUUGUUGUUGUUGAUGUUCGGUAUUUUAUAGAUAGAAGGAUCUGUUAAUUGGCGAACGGUGGUGCACGUUUAACAUGUAAUUUCAAUUAUUUGGUUCGGCCCGCAGCGCUUAGAGCUGCGCGCAGACAGAAAUGGAGGGGGAGACGCAGCAGGCGAGAGACGGCCUCGAUUUUAUCGUCGAACAUCCCGAGUAUGUGCGCAAAUUGGCGGCUGCGCUGGACGCCGCUGGACCGGCUGCGGUGCGCGUGCGCAAACAGAUGUUCGAGCUGCUGGCAGCCUUGUGUGCGCAUAACGAGGACGGAAGAACGAGGGCGUUAGAAACGCUAGAACAUUACAAGAAACUUAAGGGUGAGAGAUAUAGACUGACCUUCGUAGUUCAAGAACUGGACAGGGCAAACGCAGUGGACUAUCAAACAGCUUUAGUGGCUUUUAUUAAUUGCCUUAUUAUAUCAACUCCAAGAUUGGUGGAUAGGAUAAGGCUUAGAAACGAAUUUAUUGGAUGUCACUUGCUUCCGGUGCUAAACAACUUAAGAAAAUGUUCGGAAGCAGAACCUGAGCUAGCCGUUCAAUUAGACGUAUUCGAUGAACAACGAGAAAGUGACGAAUCUCAAAGCCUGCAUGGUUCACAUGGAGGAGUUGAUCUCAACUCACCCUUAGACGUGUUUUAUGCAAUUCUGAAACAGAUAGCAGAUACUCCACAAGAAAUCCCUUUCAUCAGCAUCCUCCAACACCUUUUACGCAUCGAUCCCAAAGAACCCAUCAGCGAUAUAAUCUGGGACACUGCAGAGAAAUUAGUGCAUAAAGCCACACUGUUAGAACGCAGAGAAGAUGUUCCUAAACUCCUAAGAACGCCUAGCGUCCAGUCUAGGUUGUUUUGCCACUGUCAGCAUAAGAGCGAGCCCAGCCCAUCUGGCAGUGGUAGAAAACAGUCGUUACCAUCUGCUACGCCGUUAAGUCCAACAUUUGUACCGCCUCCACCGCCCCCGGGAUUUCCACCACCCCCACCGCCACCGCCAAAUAUACCGCCGGCUCCGCCACAACUUCGCAUCUCAGUGCCAUCGACGACCAGUAGAAAUGUAGAACAAGAAUCUCAAGCCUCUUCCUCAUCAGAAACUCAGACUGUGAUAGAAAAGUUACCCCAACAAGAAAUUCCGAUGCCGAAAAGUAAAAUGAAGACGAUCAAUUGGAACAAAAUACCCAGCAAUAAGAUUGUAGGUAAGAAUAAUAUUUGGACUCAGGUGGCAUUUAGACAUCAACGAUCUCCCGUGGCUGAUAUGGAUUGGUUAGAAAUGGAGGGUUUGUUUUGUCAGCAAGCACCUCCCUCUGCAAAUUCAUCCCCCAGGCUUGGUAAUCGGGAUUCCGUAGAAGAUCGAAGAGUUAGGAAGGAUAUGCAGGAAAUUGCUUUGCUAGAUGGGAAACGCAGCUUAAACAUCAAUAUAUUCCUUAAACAGUUUAGAAGUUCUAACGAAGAUAUAAUAGACCUGAUAAAGAAUGGCGAACAUGACGACAUCGGAACUGAAAAACUGAAAGGUCUCCUGAAGAUUUUGCCCGAAAUUGAUGAGCUGGACAUGCUCAAAUCUUUCAAUGGAGAUUUUACGAAACUGGGAAAUGCUGAGAAGUUCCUCAUCCAUCUCACUAAUCUUUCCAAUUAUAAGCUGCGAAUAGAGAGCAUGCUGCUGAAGGAAGAGUUUGCCUCUAACAUGAGCUAUUUGGAACCAAGCAUCAACUCAAUGAUUACCGCAGCUCAAGACUUAAUGACCAACAAGCCAUUACAAGAAGUAUUGUAUAUGGUUCUAGUAGCGGGAAAUUUUCUGAAUUCUGGCGGUUAUGCUGGUGAUGCUGCCGGUGUGAAAUUGUCUUCCUUACAAAAAAUAACUGAUAUCAGAGCCAACAAACCCAAUAUGAACUUGAUUCAUUUUGUGGCAUUGCAAGCAGAGAAAAAGAACAAAUUGCUGCUCUCGUUUACUGAUAACAUUAACGUUUUGGAAGAUGCCGCCAAAACAACUGUGGAACAACUUCAUAAUGAAAUCACCGCCUUGGAUAUUCGAAUCAGGCAAAUAGAUAAACAAAUUGAAUUACCAACAACCGAACCCGAAAUCAAAGCCCAAAUGGUCGAUUUCUUACUGAUGGCGCAAAAUGAGGUAGCUAACGUCCAAAGAGAGCUGAAACGAUUAGACAUCGUGAGAAAACAACUGGCAGACUUUUUUUGUGAAGAUUCCAAUUCGUUCAAGAUAGAGGAGUGUUUUAGAGUUUUCCACGGGUUUUAUUCUAAAUUCAAGCAAGCUAUAACCGAAAAUGAACGAAGACGGAUCCAGGAAGAACAAGCGAACGCUAGAAGAAAACAGAGGGAAGAAUUGUUAGCUACAAAGAGAAAACAGAUGGAAAGUCUUGGAGCUGCAGAUUCAGAAGGUCCAUUUAUAGAUAUGCAAAUAUACGAUACGAGGGGUAGUUUUAAUAAAAAGGGACGAAAAUUCUUCAACUCGCUUGGUACUUCAGAAGAUGAAAUGUCCGUCACAGGUUCACCAUCGAUGUCCAGAAAACGACUUGAUUCAUUCAACGGUGGUAACAGCGAAAACAAAGAUGAUAGGUCACCAGAUAUAACACCAAACGGUAGUCUAAGAAGAAGGCGGAGCAGGGUUCUUUCCGAAGAGGAUGAAGGCACCCUUAUGGACUUCUUAAGAGCCUCUGGACAUGAUAACAACAGGGAGAGGAAAUCUUGGGGUAGUUUAGAUCGAUCGUGGGCAAGAAAAGCCAGAGGAAGCGGUCCCAAGAAACGACCGGCUUUAUUAGCUGCAGAUUUCUCAUCUGACAGGGAAAGGCCAUCCUCUCCGUCUCCAUUGGCCGAAAACAAAACGAUUUCCUCUGCUCCGGAAGACGAUUCAAGGUCGAAAGAUUGGAAAUUGAAAAUAGAAUCGUGGCUACAGGCUAACGAGUCUAAUCAGUCUAGCGAUGAUCAAAGGAGACAGUCUAGAAGAUUAUCUACCCGAAAAUCGGUAGAAUUAGAUUCAGAGAGUGAAAGGAGUGGAGCUUUGGACACUUUACCUGAAGGAAGGCAAGUUUAUAGUGGCAGUCAAUCUAAUUAUAGGAAAACUAAUCCAUCCUGGAAGCCAUCGUCAACGUUAGAUAAUAUGGAUAUUGUAGGUGCCAUAGAAACUGUAGAAGAAGCACAACCUCAAGUAAAAGACAAAUCUGCUUGGCGCAAGUCAACUCUAAACGUAGCAAACAGUACCGAAGAAACUCAAGAGGAGAAAGUCAGGGGUCGGCACAGUUCGCCUAGAAUAGACAAGAACUUGAAUUUACAGUCCAUCAAAGAAGACAAUGAUAGGAAGGGGUUGAUAAAUUCGUUAGCUGAACGGCCAGCAACGGAUAAACUAACUUUGUACCUCAUAAAGCCGGCUGAAGAAGUAGAUAGUCCAGUUCAAGGAAUGAAGUCUAACCUAGCUAAUGUGCCAUCAAAAAUAAGGGAAUCGCAGCAAAGCAUCGAUUCAUCGUCUGUCAGUAGCAACAAAGUUGAAAUCGAUCAGGAUAAUAUCGAAACUCCGCCGGCUACAAGAAAAGUCUACAUUCCUACGCCGACGGAGAAGAGAGAACCAGUACCACCCAGUCCAUGCAAAAGGAUGUUAAGUGAAAUGGAGAAUACGUUUGGUGAAGGCCAGUUCGACAGGUUCUCGGCAGCAAGACGAACCAGAAGGUAUAAGCGAAGCACAGAGCCUAGCGAGACACCAUCACCAACUGAGCGUACCGUAGAAUCAUCACCCGAAGCAAAAUCACCUAUUUCAGACACAUUAAAAUCCACCAUAUCCGAUGAUAUUGAAGAGCCCAAAGAAAUCAGACUGAAAGCCUGGCAAGAUAAAUUAAAAACUCACAAUAAUACAGAACCAACCAGAUCAUCUAGACGAUCAAGAAAUCAAACGGGAGUGAGUGCCAGUGACAUCCAGCUAGCUUUAAGAAUGAACGAAGUUAGCAAUUCUAGUACCAGUGGUCUUAAAGAUUUCAUACCUCCUGCUAGCGUUAAGGUUGAAUCAAGCAAAAUCGACAUUCCUCGGAAAGGCCGCGAACACGACAAGGACGAGGGCUUCGAGGAAUCCCAAAGCCUAAUGUCAGAAUCGCCCAGUCAAGGAACUUCGUCUGGCGGAGGAAUCUACGAAAGCGACAUUCCCGAUCCGACCGACAUAACCCAUCGAUCGUUUAAACCGUUCAGAGUUGAAACGAAAGACUUUAAACCUGAAAAGUCCACUAAAAACCUAACAGCCUUAACUCCAAGUAGGACAGUCGACCCGAAGAGUUUAAAACGAUCGUCUUCGGUGAGAGAGCCGGUAAAAAAGGCCGCGUCUCAACCCCGAAGGUCGGAAAGUAUACGAAAAAUCGAGCCUAAAAGCAACGUACUAACCAACAAAAAUAACCCCAUUCAAAAAUCUAACUCGCGAAACAGCAUAGCCAGCUCCAGAAGUUCCUUGAACAGCGCUACAUCUGUCAACACUGUGAAGAGGUUGCCUAUUAAGACAACAAACAGUUUGCACGCCGCACCGAGAACAGUCCAGCGCACUCCGAGUAACAAAUCGAUAUCCAGUAUCUCUUCGGCACCCAGAGCUAGUCUAAGGCGCUCAUCUUCUAACAGCAGUACCCCAGGAAACAAACCUCCAAGACCUGGAGGGAUGAGCUACCUUAAACCGACUACUUCCAGCGCUACCAAAGCUACUUCUGCGACUGCUAAGAAACCCGCUUCGAUACGGAGCAAAAUGCCAUAAAAUAAUGGUGUCACAUUUUUCAAACUUUUUUUGAAAUAUCAAAUUUCUACGGGGUUGUUCACCACAUAAAAACACGGAGUACGAUUAGAAUUUUACAAAUUGUAAGUUUUGGGUUCGUUGAAGGACUAUUAGAGCUACAAUUUAAAAAUAUU